AUGGGCAACCUGGGCAUGUAUGCCACUGGCAUUCCUGCUGGCAUGCUUAUUGAUGCACGAAGUCCCAGAUGGGGCGUAGCUGUUGGGACUGUGUUCUUUGCAGGAGGCUACUAUCCAAUUGCAAAAGCAUUUACUGCAGCUAUCAAAGCUGCAGCACUCAACUUUCCAGAUCAUCGAGGAACGUCCACAGCCUUCCCGCUUGCCGCGUUCGGGCUGAGUGCCUUCGUCUUUGCGACCAUCGCCUUGGCCUUACUUCACGACGAGUCACACUUCCUCUUACUCCUGGCAACCGGGACUGUUGUCCUGCCAGCUGUCUCCUUCUUUUUCCUUGAUACGCCUCCAACACACACUUCAUAUGAACAGCUUCCACAACAUCAGAGACUGCAUCGGACACAGUUGCGGGACGAACGUACAGAAACGAAUGGCCCUAAUACAGGUACGCCGAAUAAACAGUCCUCAUCUAAUACCUUUCCACAAGAUUCCACUUCAGAAUCGUACUCAGACUCUGAUGUUGCUCCAGAAGGUGAUUCUGAGCAGAGUUCUCUGUUGUCAACUCCUCCAUCGGAUACCCCGAACCCCGAAAACAGAAAAUCGAUAGACGCUCCAGCUGACACUCCUCCUCCCGACUUAGAUAUACGUGGCUGGAAGCUGCUGCCUCAUAAAGAGUUCUGGCUUCUGUUCGGUCUUUUAGCCUUGAUGUGCGGUAUCGGUUUGAUGACUAUCAACAAUAUUGGUAACAUGGCUCAAGCGCUUUGGCUCUCCUAUGACCUCAAGACACCAGAUUCCUUCAUCGCAAAGCGACAAGUUUUGCACGUCAGCAUUCUUUCUGUCAUGUCCUUCAGCGGACGCCUCACUUCUGGUAUCGGUUCUGACGUCCUUAUCAAGCGCUUUUCGAUGAGCAGGUUUUGGUGCCUACUUGCCGCAAGCAUUGUCUUUAUCCUUGCGCAAAUCUCAGCUCUGACAAUUACAAAGCCUUCUUUGCUUGUUCUUGUCUCAGGACUUUCAGGAUUCGCCUAUGGUAUGCUUUUCGGUGUUUACCCUAGCUUAGUGGCACAUACCUUUGGCGUGCAUGGCUUGAGUCAGAAUUGGGGUACAAUGACUCUUGCUCCUGUCAUCUCUGGCAAUAUAUUCAACCUGAUAUACGGCAGAAUCUACGACACUCAUUCAGUGGUAGACGGUGAAAAUGGCGAUAGAAAGUGCCUCGAGGGAAAGACUUGCUAUCAAGGCGCAUUCUGGAUGACACUAGUCGCCAGUUUAGGAGCUUUGCUGCUUUGCUUGUACAGCAUCUGGCACGACAAUGCAGCAAGUCGGAAGCGUAUGCACAAAAAUAGGAGGAAGAGCCAUACGAGCACUAUAGACUGA